CAAAGACUUUGGGUGCUUUGGACUGGCGCGUCAUGUAAACGGAGGGUCCUCAGGGUGGUGAGAGCUUUAGAAAAUGAGGAUUAUGUCUUUCAGUUAGGAGCCAGCGUUGAUUGUUAGGCUCAAAGUGGUGGUUUAUGAUGAUGCCCAAAUAAGGCUUGAAGGGAGGCCAUUAAAGUUGGAGGUGGCACGUGUGUGGCCAUUUGCUCCUGGGUCCUCAGGUCAGGACAGUGCUUUGCAACGAUGGGGGAUCCAAACCAGUUAAAAGAUGAGGGAAACAAAUACUUCCAGUCUGGCGACAUCGACAAGGCCAUCGAGUGCUACACCAACGCCCUCAAAGAGUGCACGGACAAAAAAGUGCAGGCUGUGAUUUACAGGAACCGAUCUGCAUGCUACCUGAAAAAGGAAAGCUAUGCCAACGCAGUGUCUGACGCGUCUAAAGCGAUUGAUGAGAAUGCAUCUGAUAUUAAAGCCCUGUAUCGCCGCUGUCAAGCUCUGGAGAAGCUGGGAAAACUGGACAUGGCCUUCAAAGAUGUGCAGCGAUGUGCCACCUUGGAACCAAAGAACAAGACCUUCCUUGAGACUCUCCGCAGGCUGGGAGGAGAAAUCCAGGCCAAGCUCAAGACAACAUUUUCCACGGAUUCGAGAGUCCAGAACAUGUUUGACAUCCUUCUCGACGAGGAGAUGGACAAAGAAAAGAAGGAAAAAGCCGCCAACAACUUGAUUGUGUUGUCGAGGGAGGACGCAGGAGCAGAGAGAAUCUUCGAGAACAACGGGGUGCCUCUGCUACUGAACAUGGUCGAGACGGGUAAACCAGAAAUGAUCCUGGCUGCAGUCUGGACGCUGUCGGGAAUGUGCACCGGACACAAAGCUCGGGCCAUGGCCAUUCUCAACAUGGUGGGUGUAGAUAAGAUAUGCAGCAUCAUGGCGCUGGACAACGAGGAAAUUGCACUGGGAGCGUGCAACCUCUUCCAGUGCAUCAACGACUCCCUCACUGGUGGAGACUCAAGAGAUUAUGGGAAGGAAGCAUCUUUAGUUUUAGAUGCAUCUAAAGAUUUGAAAACCAUCCUCCUUGCCCUCCUGGAGAUGAUAGCCAGCAAGAAGGUGUCAGGCCACGGCAGAGACCAGGCCCUGAACCUCCUGACCAGGAACGUCCCUCGCAAAGACAAGAAGGAGAAGGACCACUCCAAGACCCUCUUCACCAUCGAUCACGGGCUGAAGAAGAUCCUGAAGGUGUGUGGUCAGGUUUCUGAGCUGCCGGACCAGCUCCCUCUGACAGAGAACUCCCAGCUGAUCGCCAGCGUGCUGCUCAACAAGCUCUACGACGACCUGAAGUGUGACCCGGAGAGAGCCAACUUCAGGGAGAUUUGCGACGAGUACAUCAAAUCUAAGAUUGAUCCCAACAACAUGGACAAGACCCUCCACGCCAUCAACGCCAUCUCAGGACUGCUGCAGGGUCCCUUCGAUGUGGGCAACUCUCUGGUGGGACAGCAGGGCGUCAUGGAGAUGAUGGUGGCACUGUGCAGCUCCGAGCGGGACGUGGACCAGAUGGUGGCCGUCGAGGCUCUGAUCCACGCCUCCACCAAGAUGAGCCGCGCCAGCUUCUUCAUCACCAACGGCGUCUCGCUGCUUAAGGACAUCUACAAGAAGACGAAGAACGAGAAGAUUAAAAUCCGUGCCCUGGUGGGUCUCUGUAAACUGGGUUCAGCUGGAGGUGACGAUUACAGCUUGAGACAGUUUGCUGAGGGCUCCACAGAGAAGCUGGCCAAGCAGUGCAGAAAGUGGCUUUGUAAUCCCCAGAUUGAUUCCAAAACAAGAAAGUGGGCCAUUGAGGGUCUCGCGUAUCUGACAAACGAUGCAGAUGUCAAAGAUGACUUUGUGGAAGAUGAGUUCGCAAUGAAAGCCAUGUUUGAGCUGGCAAAGUCUAGGGACAAGACGAUCUUGUAUGCAGUUGCUUGCACUCUGGUAAACUGCACCAACAGCUACGAUAAGAAGGAAAUCAUCCCCGAGCUGGUUCAGCUGGCCAAGUUCUCCAAGCAGCAUGUCCCCGAGCAACACCCCAAGGACAAGAAAGACUUUAUUGAGAAGAGAGUAAAAAGGCUGCUGAAGGCUGGUGUCACUUCAGCUCUUGCUGUCAUGGUCAAAGCAGACACCGCCAUCUUGACCGAUCAGACCAAGGAGAUGUUGGCAAGGGUUUUCUUGGCGCUGGCAGAGGAUCCCAAAGAUCGUGGUACGAUAGUGGCCCAGGGAGGGGGGAAGGCUCUGAUACCUCUUGCCCUUGAAGGUACAGAAAAGGGAAAAGUGAAAGCAAGCUACGCUCUCGCCAAAAUAGCAUCCGUCUCCAACCCAGAGAUUGCCUUCCCUGGAGAGAGGGUAUAUGAAGUGAUACGACCUUUAGUCAGCCUGCUGCACACAGACAAAGAGGGAGCAGAAAACUACGAGGCUCUCAGAGGCCUCACCAACUUGGCUGGAUUCAGUGAAAAACUCAGGACAAAAAUGGUGAAAGAGAAAGCUUUGCCGGAGAUCGAGAACCACAUGUUUGAAGAGAAUGAAAGGAUCCGACUGGCUGCCACUGAAUGCAUGUGCAACCUUGUAACAUGCAAAGAGGUACAAGCUCGUUACCUUGAGGACGGCAACGAUAAGCUAAAGUUGCUGAUACUGCUUUGCGGAGAAGAUGAUGAAAAACUUCAGAUAGCUGCAGCCGGAGGUCUGGCCAUGAUCACUGCUUCUGAGAAAAAGCUUUGCACCAAAAUGACCCGUGUGACAGCACAGUGGCUGGAGAUCCUGCAGAGGUUGUGUCUCCACACCAACCCCAGUAUCCAGCACCGCGGCCUGGUGAUCGUCUACAACAUGCUCAACUCUGACGACGCCGAGCUGGCCAAGAAGCUGAUCGAGAGCGAAAUGCUGGAAAUCCUUAGUGUGAUCGGCAAAGCAGAGGACAAUCCCAAGAGGCAGAAUCCCAUCGACGUGGCGCGCACAUGUCUGGUCAAGGCCAUGGAUCUGGGCCUCAUCAAACCCUUCACCAGUCCUUCCUAAGCGGCCGAAAACAGCCCAAACUACAGCAAAGGACAUUUUAGUUCCCGACAUAUUAUUAUUUCCUUUGUUGAAAAGGGAUUUUUUUAUUCAAAUAGUAUUCAAGAAUUCAUCAAUCUGUUGAUAAAUAUUUAAAUACGAUCCCUCCAAAAUACAACGGUAUUGUUUUUCUAGGAAUAUUUUUUUUAAGUGGCGUACAGAGAAACAGUUUUCCAGUGCAGCUUCUUUUCUUACACUUGUGUGAAUUUGUGGUUGGUGAAGUGCUGAUUGUGCUGAUUUGCAACUGGGCUUUUGUCUUUUUUUUAAUUUAUUUUAUAUUUUAAGUUUCACAUCUGUUUCAGCGCAUAUGAAAUAAACAGCAUCUUCAGGUCUGUGA